GAUGGGUUCUGGGCAGGCAGGGGUAGAAAGAAGAUACUGAUUCCUGUGUGAUUAGUACAAUACCUUUGUUAAAGGUCUGCCUCUCAAUCUGUGAAAGACCAGGCUUCAAGUGAUGAGGGUUUCUCACUAUUUCAAGCCUGUCUGAGAUUUCUAAGGAUAAGGAGGCAGUAAGUUCAUUGGCCUCAGUAUCUGAACGGAAGUUAGUCAGAUGUUGAAUUCUUCAUUUUAGAAAUUCCUGCUAUGAACCACAACACAUGGGUAGAAGAGCUGUUUUCUGAUACAUUGAUGAGAAGAAAAUUUGUGCUUGUGUUUUCUGGAGUGCUUGCAAAGGCCUGUAGACUGAAGAGCAGCUGAAGUUCAGAAGAGAGUGUAUCAGAAUUAUGCUGUAUCCUACUGAGACAUACUUUUGGGAAGAUUUUAAUGCAUUCUGUGCAGCUGUUCACUAUUCAGUUACUGAUAAAUUUCUUCAGAAACUGCCCUUGUGAAUGCAGUCUGUGAACGAAAUGUCUGCUGCACCAGCCCUUUUCUGUGUGAGAAAGUUGCAUGUGUUUAAUCUGAGAUAAACCGUUGUGCAUAUUGUACUGAAGUUUAAACCAGGCUGCUUUUGGUUUGUUUCCCCUCUGCUGGAAAUAUGGCUUCAGUAACAGAUGCCAGAUUCAGGCAGAAAGAUACUUCAGACCAAAAUUUUGAUUACAUGUUCAAGCUCCUGAUCAUUGGCAACAGCAGUGUGGGUAAAACAUCCUUCCUCUUCCGAUAUGCCGACGACACCUUCACCCCAGCCUUUGUGAGCACCGUGGGAAUCGACUUCAAGGUGAAAACAGUUUACAGGAAUGACAAGAGGGUGAAGCUGCAGAUUUGGGAUACAGCUGGACAAGAAAGAUACAGGACCAUCACUACAGCCUACUACCGAGGGGCCAUGGGCUUUGUCCUCAUGUAUGAUAUCACCAGUGAAGACUCCUUCAAUGCUGUGCAGGACUGGGCCACACAAAUCAAGACUUACUCCUGGGACAACGCACAAGUGAUCCUGGUUGGAAACAAAUGCGACAUGGAGGAUGACAGGAUUGUUCCCGUGGAGAAGGGGAAACAUCUGGCAGAUCAGCUGGGUUUUGACUAUUUUGAGGCCAGUGCCAAAGAGAACAUCAACGUGAGGCAGGUGUUUGAGCGUCUCGUGGAUAUAAUCUGUGAGAAGAUGUCAGAGAGCAUAGAAUCAGACAAUUCCAGGGGCACUUCUGGAAGGAGCAUGAGGCUCACAGACAACCCUCCCCCUUCACAGCAGAACUGCUCGUGCUAGUGACCUUCCACACUGAGAAACGUCCUUGCCCCCUGAUUAAAUUUUAUCUUUUCAUUUGUGGUGGUGCAUUAUCAUGUAGUCCAGA